CAUUCAGAGAACUUUUUCCGUGAGAAAGUCCAAAGAACUUUUUUUUUUCUGGGAGGAAACAGCUCAUCCUUCGUGGAUUUUCAGAGGUGAAGCCGUGGUGUGUUGGAUGCACUAACUUCAUAAGCCUCCAGGACGCAGCCGGCGAACAGCCUCAGCGGUCUGGAUAGAUCACGCCCCAGGCCGGCGCACGCCCCAGGCCGGCGGCCAUUCCCGGACAGCAGACCUCGGACUAGGGUCCCCAAGAUGUUACAAGCUUUUCUGCUACUGAGUUUCUUUGUUCCAGUGACUGCUAAGCUAGCCCAGGAUCGCCCAGCUGACCUACAGAGGCUGAAGCAGAGUCCACUGGAAUGUCCAGCAGGCCAGUACCUGUCCAAGGAGGAUGGCUCGUGCAAAGCUUGCAUAGAUGGUGAAAACUACACCAGCGGUCCCAACGUCCUGCCUUCCUGCCUUUCCUGCAGGGUCUGUAAGGAAGAUAAAGUCAUAAAAAGCCGAUGCGUCAAAGCUAGAAACACAGAGUGUGAGUGCAAACCAGGCAGCUUUGAAGAUAAAGACUCGACUGAGAUCUGCCAGACAUGCUCUAACUGCACUGAUGGGGAAGAUGAAGUGAUCCCCUGCACCCCAAAGGCAAACCGGAAGUGUGUCCCCAAAAACACUCAAAUACCUCAGCAUAACCUAGGCCUCAUAAUAGGGCUCUUGGCCUCGGUCAUAUCAGUGGUGCUGUUUGUAGCUGUCAUCUGGAAGACUAAAGCAUGGGAAUCAGUGUGUCUCUUUAUGACAAGAGUCUAUCCAGGCUGUGAACAGGACCAUGAAAACACUGUGGGUUUAUCUCUCUUGGACGCACAGACAUCGAGGAAGACAAAUGGCUCUCACCACAACACGGAACCUGACAGAACUCAGAGUUCGCCAUUAGGAAGGAAGUUGCUGGUACUGGCAAAUGGAAACAACCCAGCUGAUGCCCUGAAGUUGAUCUUCGAGCGCUGUUCGACCGAAGUGCCCUUUAACUCCUGGGACCGUCUCAUGCGGCAUAUGGGUCUCACAGACAAUCAAAUUCAAAUGGUCAGGGCUGAGACACAAGUCCCAUGUGAGGUCUUGUACCAAAUGCUGCUGAAGUGGCUCUACCAAACGGGGCUAGGCGCCUCUAUCAACCACCUGCUAGGUGCCUUGGAAGCGGUGGGAGAAAGAUGUGCCCUGGAGGAAAUUGAAGACUAUGCUGUGAAAUCCGGGAAGUUCGUUUAUCAGAACACUACAGCCUAGGCAGGUGUGGUAACUCAGAAGACAGAGCCGAGAGGAUCUUUAUUAGUUUGAAGGUAGCCUGGUCUACACAGUGAACUCAGGACAGCCAGGUCUAUGUAGAGAGACCCUGUCUCAAAAGUAAAAGAGGAGGAGGAGAAACUGCUGCAGGUUCUUCAGUAUUAUUGAAAUGUAUUUUAUUUUUCUUGCUAUAUUUAUUGUAUCAUAUAACUGUAUUGUCCUUCUAAAAGUUGAACACAGAGCCUCUUGAACAUAAGUGUUCUAACACAUCUUCAGCCUCCUGGUUUACCUUUGUUCCUGGACAAGGCGCAAUUGGUAGGAUAUGAUAGAACCUGCCUAUCAUUCUAACACUGGGGAAAUGAAGCCAGGAACAUCAAGAGUUCGAGGCCAGUUGGUUUACAUGAGCUCCUGUAUAAUGUGCAGGCUAUCCGUAAAUUAUCAUAUGCUGUCUAAGUUUGUUGAGAGCUGACUCUGGGGACAAAGAAGGUGCUACCAUCCCAGAUUCUGGCAUAUUCAUUUCACAGGUCUACCAAGACCCCUUGUCCAGAGACAAAAUACCCCCUCUGUAAAACAGAGGGGGGAAAAAAAACAGCCCAAGGCUGGAAGCUCAUGUCCUUGAGACCAGAUAAAAGGCCACUGUUUUCCAAGCAUGGCCUGUUGUGUGCUGUUAGGUUACUGCUCAGCACUACACAGCUGCACAGCGCUCCCUUGCUCCAGGUGCUAGUGGGCACCCUACUGAGGGUUUGUCUUGACUCUAACUCCUAGGUGUCCAUAUUUCACACUUGAAGUGAGUUUGCUGGUUUGGACACAAAGGGAGCAUAAAAAGUACUACCUGGAUAACCCUUGAUGACCACAUGCCUUGUAAGCACUUGACCAUUGUAUGUGAAAGCAAACAGUGGAGCUCCCCAUUGAACUGCCACAGCCUUUCUAGAGCUGGACUCACACGUGUGCCCCACCAGAUCCAGAUCCAGCAACAACUGCCUUUAGAUACCGGCCGUUGUAGGGAUUUCUGGAGAACUGGCACAUACAGACUUUUGUCCUGUGUAGAUCUAUUGUUUUUAAAUUUGCUUGUUUUUGAGACAGUCUCAAUAUGUAACCUUAGCUGACUUUGAACUCACUGUGUAGACCAGGAUAGCCUACAACUCAAGAGAUCUGCUUGCAUCUGCCUUCCAAGUUCUAGGAUUCAUAUCUCUCUCUCUCUCUCUCUCUCUCUCUCUCUCUCUCUCUCUCUCUCUCCUCCUCCUCCUCCUCCUCCUCCUCCUCUUCCUCCUCCUCUUCCUCCUCCUUCUUCUUCUUCUUCCUUCUUCUUCUUCUUCUUCUUCUUCUUCUUCUUCUUCUUCUUCUUCCUCUCUCUCUCUCUCUCUCUCUCUCUCUCUCUCUCUCUCUCUCUCUCUGCUGUGUAUGAGUGUUUUGCCUGCAUAUAUGCAUGCCUGCUGCCUCUAGAGGUCAGACAGGCAUCUGGUUCCCUUGAACUGGAGUCGCAGAUGGUUCUGAUCCAGCAUGUGGGCACUUGAAGCUGAGCCCCGGUACUCGGCAAGAGCAAGCAAGCAUUCUAAACCGCUAAGCAAUCUUAAGUCCCUCCUUCUGGCAGAGUCUUCUCUAGUAGAUUCUCAGCACACACAGGAGGACAGCUGUGGCUGGCCCCAGGCAUUCUGUAUUGUCCACCAGUGUUAUGGUAUCCUGAGUAAGCAUCGUGCCUCCAUGCAGACAUCAGGACUGCACACCAGGGCUUGCUGAGCUCUGUCCAGCCCCAGCCCCAAGAGCAAGUGUUUCACCCUCUGGAUGCUCUUCCUUAGCCCUCUUAGAAGUGUGUUGGUAACAAAACAGUACAAGACAUGUCAUUAGAUACAAAACUCAUGUAUUAUGAAUUCAUGACCAAAUUAAAUAUGAAACCUUAUAUAAAAAGGUA